AUGGCAGCCCCAAUUCCGACCAAGCCUUCGCCUUUGCUUGGUGCACCAAAUCCUUAUAGAGGAGAAGAAAAACAUAUGGGUGCUAUGUUUACAAGAGUUGCACCUAGCCAAAGGGAAACUUACCAUAUUCUAGAUAAGCAAUCUCAGAUAGCGUUUAAUUCUCUUAGCUACAGAAACAGAGAUACUUCUGUUUUCUUGCACACAUCUUCACAAUUCACCAUGCAAGAUGUUAAGCGGGGCAGUGUGUCCAUGCUGUUGGGAUCACUUCAGGAUUCUGUUACAUUCAUCAAUGUAUACUUACCUGCACAUAACCAACUGUCAACUUUAGAAGAAGCCGCAAAGAAAACUAACGAUAUGUAA